UCGUGUUUGCCUGGGCAUUUUGCUCGGAACAUGAAUUUCCAAGCAUGUGAGAUAAAGAUGGGGGCGAUGGCGAUGAUGCAUCAGUAAUGCCAGAAAUGAAAGUUACCGCAUGUGUUUCUCGCCGACGCGAUGCUUUUCAGAGUGCCUUUCUCUACCUGAUUUACUUACUAGGGCUUAGAAGCAUUAUAUGCGCUGCUGCGCACACACUCCCUAAUUACAGCGGCCUCCGGCAAUUUUCGGGAGUUUUCUGAGGAAGUUGAAGGGCUUGCAUUUUCGUUCCGUAACAAAACGAUGGGCCGCUUUUAUGUGUACAGGCCGGGAAAGGGCCCCGGCUAAAUCUAUGUUUGACAGCCCAGCUAGCCAAUAAGAUGCCUCCAAUUCGAUAUAGCCAGCGCGUCGGGCCAAUCAGCGUGUUCGAAAUCAUCGUUCAUUUGUAUUGCGAAUCACUGUGUCUGAUGUGUAGUAUCAGUAAAGCAGCUCCCUGGGGUACAGACAGUGGCAUUGAAGCAGAUUGCGCGCCAUUUGCGUCAUUUGCAGUCCAGACACCGCAUUAUCCUAUUCUAUCACUUUAAAUAUUGUUGCUUCUAUUAGAAACCGUCGAUGCAUUAUAGACUUGGAUAUGGGUGAUCCAUGACCCCCACCCCACCCCAGGUGCAGAAGCGCGGCACUGGGUGGGUCCUGUGCGUGAUCAUCCCUCGCAGGCCGUGAAUGCGGGCACCAUGAGCAAGACUCCCCCCAACCGGCGAGGGAUAACAUUUGAGGUGGGAGCGCAGCUGGAGGCUCGGGACAGCUUGAAGAACUGGUACGCGGCCAACAUCGAGAAGAUCGACUACGAGGACGAGAAGGUCCUGAUCCAUUACCGCCAGUGGAGCCACCGCUACGACGAGUGGUUCGACUGGGCCAGCCCAUACCUUCGACCCGUAGAGCGGAUCCAACUGCGUAGGGAAGGCCUUCAGGACGACUGCCCCAUCCCCGGCUUUCAUGUAAACGAUAAGGUUCUAGCCAGCUGGUCCGAUUGCCGCUUCUACCCUGCCAAGGUUAUAGCCGUCAACAGAGAUGCUUCCUACACUGUGAAGUUCUACGACGGCGUCAUCCAGACGGUUAAAGGGAUUCACGUCAAGCCGUUCGUCAAAGAGAGGAAGGGGGGGAGGUCGAAGGCCAGUGACAGGAGCCAGGAGAAGCCGCCCGGGCGGAGGGCAGUGGGGUGUCGUCAGGGGAAACCGCUAGAGAACGGCCAGAACCAGAGGGGGCGGCCCAGCAGCUCGGAUCAGGACCAAGAGAGCGAGAGUGAGGAGGACGAAGAAGAAGAAGAGGACAGCGACGACGGACAGGAGAGGAGUGAAGAUCAGCCCCAGGGUGAGGAGUCGGCGGGCAAACGGGAGAGAGGCAUGAAGCGGCGAACUUCUGAGGGGGAGACCCGGGGGGAGCAGAGAAAGAGGAGGACUGCAGAGAGGAAGAGGCCGGCAGAAAGGAGCCGGGAGCUGGAGUCAGAGGGAGCCGCCCUUAAGGAGGAGAGUUCCAUCUCGGAGAGGAGGGAAGCGCGAGAAGGUGGGAGCUCAGGGGAGUGGCUGGUAGAAAACUCCUGCACAGAAAACAAGGAGGAGAGCGAGGAGGUGAACAUCUCAAUGGGGAUACAAGCCUGUGAGGAAGGAGGAGUGCAGGGCACCUCUGGGGAGGACAUGCAUCGGGAGGCAGUGACCAAGGUGGAGGAUGAGAGAGGGGAUAGCAAGGAAGAGGAAAAAGAGGCUGCAGUGGCGCAGUGCCACCCACUGGGCAGGAGGACCCGACACCGCCUCUCCACAGCGAGGUGGGCGGAGAAUGCAGAUGGCGGCGUCCUGGAGCUCCGGAAGAGGCGGAUCUCCCUUGGACAGUCCACACCCUCGAAGAGAAGCAAGCCGGAUGCUGCCACAGACAAGGACAGUACCACAGAACCAAAACCUGCUGAGCCCCCAAGUAAGGAGAUGUCUGAGUCAGGACCUGACCCUGCCCCUCCAUCCUCUGCAUCAACCACAGACAGCAAGGAGGGGUGUGGGGACACUGGCCAGUGGGGGGAACCCAGUCACCCCGGAGAUGGGGAGGCACCAGCGCCCCCUGCCAAAGUACCUGUGAGACGACAGGCUAAUAACCCUAACAGGUUCAGCCGGGAGCCACUGUACAGAGUCAUCAAAAACCAGCCCCCACCCGUUCUCUUCAUCAACCUCGACCACAACCCCUUCAAAUGUGAGGUUCCCAACUGCCACAAGUCCUUCCGUAAGGCUAAGCUGCUUCACUACCACAUGAAGUACUACCACAGCGGGGACACCGUCCAGGAGGGGGCCCUGAGCCCCGGGUGUGGCAUUAAUACGCGGGCAUCUGACAAGCAGAGUGCUGGCGUGGUGCCCAAGAGCCCCAAGAGGAGGCGUACUGUCUCUGCCUCCAUGCACUCCUCCAUACACAGCCCUCAUCGCACCCCCCAGUCCCCCCGUGGUGGAGGCAAGGCGAGCAUCAGGCCGGUGGAAAAGCGCCGCACAUCGGCACCCCCUGCUGUCCACAUGCAGAAUACCCAGAGAACGUUGCUCCGGGAGAAGAUCAAGGAGAACCAUGUGGAGAAGGCUGGCCGCAGGCUGCAGGAGAGGGACAGGGGCGACAUAGAGACAGCUCUCCUCAAACCUCGGGAGGACGGCAGGGAAAAGAAGCACGAUUUCCUCCGAAUCAAGCUGAAAAAGAAGAAGAAGAAGAAGAAGAAGUCCAAGUCUGCGUACACGGGUAGUGAGGAGAACAUUGACAUCUCGCUAUUUGGCUUCCCGCCCAAACUGAGCUUGUCGCAUAAAUUGCCCCCCUCACACAAACACAAGUUUGAGUCGCACGGCUGCGGCACAGGGCAGCUCAGCAAAGGGCUGAUCUGCGUGGACGUAGAUGAAGCCAGCGGCAGCGACUGGUCAUCUGACAGCCUUGGCUGGAGCGAGGAUGAGGUGGAGCUGGAUGUAACCACACCCUCUCAGGACCUUGCCAUCUCCAUGGCGAUGGAGGACUCUGACAUUGUGCGGUGUGUCUGUGAGGUGGAGGAGGAAAAUGACUUCAUGGUGCAGUGCGAGGGCUGUCUGUGCUGGCAGCAUGGUGUCUGCAUGGGGCUUCUGGAGGAGAGCGUGCCAGGGAAAUAUGCCUGCUACAUCUGCAGGGAUCCGCCAGGCCAGCGGCAGAGCCAGCGGUACUGGUGUGACCGGGAUUGGCUGAGCAGCGGUCACAUGUAUGGCCUGCCCUUCCUGGAGGAGAACUACUCGCAUCAGAACGCCAAGAAGAUCGCUGCCACGCACCAGCUACUGGGGGACGUGCACCGCGUGGCCGAAGUGCUCAGUGGCCUGCAGCUGAAGAUGAGCGUCCUGCAGAGUCAGACCAGCCCCGACCUGAAGAUGUGGCGGCAGCCCUGGAGGCAGGCAGAGAAACCCAAGAAGAGGAGCGUGGCCGGGGGCGUGGCCACAUGGUCCCCACUGCCGAGCGACGUCGAGCAGAAGGGCGGGGCGGCCCCAGAGGCCACAGCGACGGACAAAGUGCCACCACGCCCCCUGCAGGCCUCUUACAUCAGCAGCGAGCACUGCUACCAGAAGCCAUGUGCGUACUACCCAGCAGGGGAGCGCCGGCUGGUGGUGGAGACGUGGGGCGGGUCUCCCAGCACGGAGCUGGAGCGUGGCCUGCUCAGUACCGAGGAACCGUUGGAGCGUGAGUGGGGCACGGCCCACGGAGCCCCAGAUCGAGCCAGACACGGCACGGAGGAGGACGGCCGCAGGUGGAUGCUGGCCGCGUGGGCGCGUGAGGAGAGCGUGCUGGGCACCGGGGAGCCAGCAGGGGGUGCUGGCUGCCUGCCACGCCAAUGGCAGAACAACCUGCUGGAUCACAUCGAGGCCGUGCAGGACGAGGUCACGAACCGCAUGGAUUUCAUCGAGAGGGAGCUGGAUGUCCUGGAGAGCUGGCUUGACUACACGGGCGAGCUGGAGCCCCCCGAGCCUCUGGCCCGCCUGCCCCAGCUGAAGCGCCGCAUAAAACAACUGCUCUGUGAGCUGACCAAAGUGCAGCAGAUCGCCCACUGCUGUUCCACAUGAGGGCGCCGUUGAGCCUCCGUCCUCCCCCAUACCCACUGCUGUUCCACAUGAGGGCGCCGUUGAGCCUCCGUCCUCCCCCCAUGCCCACAAGCUGAAACUUUCACAGUCAAAACCAUCACGUCUGCAUGCAGAGCAGGAGAUUUGCAUCCAGAGUGGUUGCUUUCAGUGCCCUACAGGUACAAUAACCUGACUUCGGAGAUGGGAGCUGGGUGGUGGUUGAGGGGCGGGGUUGGGUCUUUUGGGCAGAGCAAGGAUUUUGGGGGGGCCAGGAUGUGGAAGGCAAGAUGUUCAAGAAAAGAGCCAGAGACUCUCUAGAGGAGCAUAUCUUACUGUGCUCAAAAAACGGAAAACAACCAUUAUAAAGCAACUGGAGUCUUUUGGUCCUUGAAGGUCCCCGGUUUAAAAAAGAAAAAAACUUCAAGCUUCAUUUUAAUUACUCGUAAGGCAGUUUUAAUGUAUCACUUUUCUUAUAACCAGUAUACGUUAAACUGUCUUCCUUUACAGAAUAGCCCGUCCUAAUAGGUGUCGCUAGACAGCUCCUCCCACCACUUCUCCCCCGCCCCCCCCCAGCUACAAACACUCCAUUCGCCCUCCAGCAGUCUUGGGGGACAAGCUUUCUUUAUUCACUUAUCAGAAAAAUGACCAGGCCGCCUUUAGUACGUCCAAACAAACUUUAUUCCUGGGAAUCAUCUUUCAGAAUCCUGUAUUUCAAAUGGAAGUUGUGCUUGUUCUCCAAUAAAGAGCCAUUGGGUGCCAUUUUUACAAAAUGGUAGCAAAAAUAAGAGGUCACAUGGUAGGUCACAUGCUACAGUGGCUAUUCCAUGUCUUGGGCAAGGAGGAAAAAAAAUUAGUAACGAUACGUGUUACUUUGCUUUUUUUGGUACCUUUUUGAUUAAAAUAUUUCUAAAACGACUGGUUGGCUGAAUGUCUUGUAGGGUUUAUAUCAAAAUAUGCUUUGCAAUACUCAAUUGUUUAAUCAAAAUCCUAUAAACAAGUAAAUUAGUUACCUUUAUAUUGUAAGGGUAGCAGCUGAAUUUUUGAACGGUGAGGAUGUGUGCUUUCUCAAAAAAAGAAAUAAAUUCCAGUAUUUAUUGUUUAAAUAGCGUGUUUAGCCGAGACCAUGUCCGUCCACGGUGUAUGAAAUGCCUUCACCCGCUGACCUUAGUGUCACUGUUUUCUAUGGAAAGUCGUACGAUCGGGUGAGUUUACAUUAUACAUGUUAGUGGCAUUUCUGUCGUAUCAUACUUCUGUUCCGCAAUAUCAGUGUUUUUACAGUUAUUUUCAAUGCCUUCCGAUUGUACAUAAUUUUUAUUUUAUUUUUUUACUGUGGUUUGCUUUUGUUCUCUAAGCGUUUUAUUUAUUGCGGAUCAAAAAGUUAAUUUAUUUGAUUCCCCCACACCCCCUUUUUGGACGCAGUGCUGUGUUAGGGUGCGGGUUGUCAUAAGCUUGAUUCGACAGCUGUCCUGUUAGGGAAAAUAAAUAGCUUUUUUUUAUGUUAUAUGUACCUGUUUUAUAGUGAGUCGUUUAGAGGUAAAAGGAGAUGCAAAGCAUUUUUUUUUUCGCACGGCGUUUCAGUGUCCGUUACCGUCUAACGGGAAUUCCGUCGUCUGGUGGGGUAACCAUGUGCCUGGUUGGGACACUAGCGGUCAUUACCCUCGCUUCAUUCCUCAUCGUGUCUUCUGUGGUAGUGCUGAUGUCCGUUUUGUUGAGCUGCUGUCGAUAGAUGCAACUUAAAGAGUUUGUGUAGAUACUUUGUUCACUCGGCAGAGGGAGGGGAGUACACCACACCGCCUUCUGUUAAAAUUCACUACUGUAGACUUACACGGAUGUCAAGCCAUAGAAAAAAAAUGCAUUAUUGUUUAGCAUUAUUUUCUGUCUACCCGCCAUUUGAACUCAUUGACAUUAUGAAGCAGCGUGUUCUUUUGACUGAAAAAUCUGGGUUUUUCUUUCCUGAGGUGAUUGCAAGAAGUUCUACUUGACUUAAUGUUUGUACAGCUGGAUUCAUUACUGGCAGUAAUAUUUUGACAAAACUGUUGCAACAUCCUCGACUAAUCCAAUAAAAUAAACAGUCUUUUCCAAAAACUUCUUUGGAAUGUGGUU